GAUGGAGUGGUAACCAUCCCCGUUCAGCUCCAGCACCAUGUGGCCCAAUAACAGCUUGCUAGGGCCCUGCUUCCGGCCGACGAACAUCACGCUGGAGGAGCGGCGCCUGAUCGCCUCGCCCUGGUUCGCUGCCUCCUUCUGCCUGGUGGGCCUGGCCUCCAACCUGCUGGCCCUGAGCGUGCUGGCCGGUGCACGGCAGGGCAACUCACACGCGCGCUCCUCCUUCCUCACCUUCCUUUGCGGCCUGGUGCUCACGGACUUCCUGGGGCUGCUGGUCACUGGUGCUAUUGUCGUGUCCCGGCACGCCAUCCUCUUUGACUGGCACACCGUGGACCCCAGCUGCCUCCUCUGCCACUUCAUGGGUGUGGUCAUGAUCUUCUUUGGCCUGUGCCCGCUGCUGCUGGGGGCUGCCAUGGCCUUGGAGCGCUAUCUGGGCAUCACGCGGCCCUUCUCGCGCCCGGCCGCCUCCUCGCAGCGCCGCGCUUGGGCCAUGGUGGGGCUGGUGUGGGCCGCCGCGCUGGCGGUGGGCCUGCUGCCGCUGCUGGGCGUGGGUCGCUACACAGUGCAGUACCCUGGCUCCUGGUGCUUCCUCACACUGGGCACCGAGCCCGGCGACGUGGCCUUCGGCCUGCUGUUUGUGCUGCUCGGCAGCCUCUCCGUGGGGCUGUCCUUUCUGCUCAACACGGUCAGCGUGGCCACACUGUGCCAUGUCUACCACGGGCAGGAGGCUGCCCAGCAGCGUCCGAGGGACUGUGAGGUCGAGAUGAUGGCUCAGCUCACGGGUAUCAUGGUGGUGGCCACUGUCUGCUGGAUGCCGCUGCUGGUCUUCAUCGCGCAGACAGUGCUGCGGACCCCGCCCCUCAUGAGUCCAGCUGGGCAGCUGCCUCGAGCCACGGAGAAACAGCUGCUCAUCUACCUGCGCGUGGCCACCUGGAACCAGAUCCUGGACCCCUGGGUGUACAUCCUCUUCCGCCGCGCUGUGAUUCGGCGGCUCCAGCCGCGCCUCAGCGCUCGGGCCAGGCCUCUCUCACUGCGGCCCCAGCUCACCCAGGGCCCCAUGCUGCAGUAGG